ACUUGUAUUUAGCCUUUUUAUAUUAACUCUUCCAAAAACUAAUAAACCUCAAAAGAAGAAAAAUUUAAGCAAAACGAAACACUUAUAUUAACUCUUCCAAAAACUAAUAAACCCCAAAAGAAGAAAAAUUAAAGCAAAACGAAACACCUAUAGAGGAAGAUGGCGGCGAGAUUAUCUGCUCUUCGGUCAUCGGUGCUGCGGCCACUGCUUCGCCGGCAGCAACUUCAAUCAUUGUCAUCUCUAAUUACUCCCCAGAAUUCAUCACUCUCUUCAAUUUCUCAAUUCACUCCUCCCAUCCCACUCUCCAACCUCACCAUUCCUGCCGCUGCCUGUGUCUUCUCAUCCUUCUCUUUGGGUUCUAGAACCUACUCUUCCGACUCAGAGAUUGCCGGAGAGCAGUCCUUGACGGUUUCCGGCACCAGAUCUACCGGAGGCCGGCGCCGGUCAAGCAACCCGGAAUUAUAUUCAAAUGUGGUCGUCGUCCAGUGUGAUGAUCAGUUGAAUGACUUCCUUAAGAAGGCAGAAGAUGAAUCUUUGCAGGCAAUCUUCUACUUCACAGCAGUAUGGUGUGGUCCAUGUCAAUUUCUGUGGCCAGAUAUGAAAAAGCUGAGUGAAGGUUUGCCUAAUGUAAAGUUUUACAAGAUUGAUAUUGAUGAGGUGGGAACUGGACCUACAAUAAGCAAGUUAAAUAUAUCCUCUGUGCCAACACUCCACUUUUUUAAGAAUGGAAGGAAGGCUGCAGAGGUGAUUGGUGCUGAUAUUAGGAAGAUUAAGGAUUUAUCUUCAACAUUGUACAAGAAUGAGUAGAAAAGAUCUCUUAUUGUGUGAAAUGUAUCCAUGACGCUUGAGACUGGAUGUGGAUUGUGGUGUUAUAUUUUCAGAUAAAUGCACGAGUUUUACGUACUUUCUGAAGAUCAUUUUGCAAAUGAAGAUGUUUAUUGAUAAUGUCUUGAUUAAGCGGACAGCCAACAGCAUGUGUCAUUGCAUCCUCUAUUUCGUUUACUUAGAAAUUCAAGGCAGGUGUUCAUUUAGUACUUUUAACGGGUGCAAUCAGUCUAUUUGUCAAAUUUCAGUUUACAGUUUGAUCCUACCAAGCCAUGAUGGUUCUACAUGCUAAUGUUCGUCCAUCUUCAAAGUGAUGUUUUGUGUAUGCUACAGAUAGCAAGAGGUCGAAGUCAGGUUGAGCAAGCUUUGAUUUGCCUAUAUUAUUUUGGAGGGAUUACUUGACGAGUCUCUUCAUCUGAAAGCUUCCGUAAUAGUUUGCAUAACAAAUUAACAAGUAGGUUGUGCAAAAAAUCCGGAAAAUAAAAGAAAAAAAUGAACUGAAAGUGCAGUUAAGUGAAUCAAAGUAGUAGGAUUAAUAUUCAUAAAACCCGAACAGGAAAUAUUUGUAAAAAACCGACUUAGCACUUAUAAGUAACUAAAAUUUUCACUUUUACACUUAA